CAGCCGGGGGGUGGGGCUGCAGCCCCCCUCCUUCCGCUCGCCCUACAUGACCAAGCUGCUCAACAACUACCGCUCCCACCCCGCCAUCCUGCGCGUUCCCAACGCCGCAUUCUACCGAGAUGAGCUGCGCACGGCUGCACCCAUGAUGGAGGUGAACUCCAUGCUGCUGUGGGAGGGGCUGCCUAACGACAGGGUCCCCCUGCUGAUGCACCACCUGGUUGGCAAGGACGAGCAGGAGGCCAACAGCCCCUCCUGGCAGAACCUGCUAGAGGCGCGGCAGGUGGUGGAGUACGUCCGGGCGCUGCUGGGCAUGCGGGGCGGCAGGAAGGUGGAAGGGCGGGACAUCGGCAUCAUAUCGCCCUACAAGAAGCAGGUUCAGCGCAUCCGCGCGCUGCUCAAGGAGCUGGCGCACUACAUCAAGGUGGGCAGUGUGGAGGAGUUCCAGGGGCAGGAGCGCCGCAUCAUCAUCAUAUCCACAGUGCGCUCGAGCGACGAGUACCUGGAGUUCGACUCGCGGCACCGGCUGGGCUUCCUGGCCAACCCCAAGCGCUUCAACGUGGCCAUCACGCGGGCAAAGGCGCUGGUGAUUGUGGUGGGCAACGCGCAGAUCCUGUCUCACGACCGCUACUGGCGCGCUCUGCUGCGCUACCUGCACCCCGCGCACGCCAUCAUCGGGCAGCCGCUGCCCGCCUCCGUGACGGAGAGGCUGGAGGCCAUCCCUGGGCCCGAGGACAUUCUAGGAGACGAUGACGGGGAGGAGGGA